AUGUUGCUGGAGCGGGUCCGCGCCGGCUCGGAGAAGGCAGCGGAGCUCUGUCCCUUCCCGCGGAGCCCAGAGAUCCCGCUGUGCGCCGGCUGCAACCAGCACAUCGUGGACAGGUUCAUCCUCAAGGUCCUGGACCGGCACUGGCACAGCAAGUGCCUGAAAUGCUCCGACUGCCAGACGCAGCUGGCCGAGAAGUGCUUCAGCCGCGGGGACGGCGUCUACUGCAAGGAGGAUUUCUUCAAGCGCUUCGGGACGAAGUGUGCCGCCUGCCAGCAGGGCAUCCCCCCGACCCAGGUGGUGCGCCGGGCCCAGGACUUCGUUUACCACCUGCACUGCUUCGCCUGCAUCGUCUGUAAACGGCAGCUGGCCACCGGCGACGAGUUCUACCUCAUGGAGGACAGCAGGCUGGUCUGCAAGGCGGACUACGAGACGGCCAAGCAGAGAGAGGCUGAGUCCACGGCCAAGAGGCCCCGCACCACCAUCACGGCCAAGCAGCUGGAAACCCUCAAAAACGCUUACAACAACUCGCCCAAGCCGGCGCGGCACGUCCGGGAGCAGCUUUCAUCGGAGACGGGGCUGGACAUGCGGGUGGUGCAGGUCUGGUUCCAGAACCGCAGGGCCAAGGAGAAGAGGCUGAAGAAGGAUGCGGGGAGACAGCGGUGGGGUCAGUACUUCAGGAACAUGAAGCGGUCCCGGGGGACCUCCAAAUCCGACAAGGACAGCAUCCAGGAGGAGGGGCCCGACAGCGACGCCGAGGUCUCCUUCACAGAUGAGCCCUCUAUAUCUGAAAUGAGCCAUUCCAAUGGGAUUUACAGCAAUCUCAAUGAAGCAUCCCCUGCCCUGGGGAGACAGGCUGGGACCAACGGAAGCUUUGCUCUGGAUCACAGCGGCAUCCCAGCUCAGGACCAGUACCACGACCUGCGAUCCAACAGCCCCUAUGGGAUACCCCAGUCACCAGCUUCCUUGCAAGCACUGCCAGGCCACCAGCCUUUAAUCUCCAGCUUGGUUUACCCAGACAACGGCUUAGGCAUCAUGGGACAAAGCGGACAAGGGGUGCCCCAGUCCAUGAGGGUCCUGGCUGGGAACGGACCCAGCUCCGACCUCUCCACCGGCAGCAGCGGGGGAUACCCGGAUUUUCCUGCCAGCCCGGCCUCUUGGCUGGAUGAAGUCGACCACGCUCAGUUUUGA